UCAAAUAUCAAAGUCACGGGUCUCAAAGCCCGAACAGACGCUCAACGAAUCACGGGUGUAGUGCCUGAUAUCCCUGUGGAUUUCCAGACAUUGAUCGCCCGAUUCCCCACGUUGACUAAACCUAUUGAGGANUUGAUCAACCCAGCGUCGAAUAUCAAAGUCACGGGUCUCAAAACCCGAACGGACGUUUACCGAAUCAUGGGUUUAAUGCAUGAUAUCCCAGUGGAUUUCAGACAUUGA